AUGUUUGCCCGAACGGUGUCGAGACGCGUUCUGGCAGGAGCCACGCUGGCGGCGGGUGGCUACGCGGCGUUCGCGCUGCAGAGAGACAGAAGCGCGCACAACGAGGUGCACGUUUCGAUCCCGCUGAAGGCCGAGGCGCCCGCCAUCCCUUCGCGCUCCGAGCUGCUGGACAAGAUGGCCAAGACGGACCAGUUCGACGUGCUGGUCAUUGGCGGCGGCGCCACGGGUACCGGCUGCGCCGUAGACGGCGCGACCCGUGGCCUGAACGUCGCGCUGGUCGAGAUGAACGAUUUCGCCUCGGGGACCUCGUCCAAGUCGACAAAGAUGGCCCACGGUGGUGUGAGAUAUCUGGAAAAGGCGUUCUGGGAGCUUUCGAAGGCUCAGCUCGAUCUCGUGAUCGAGGCACUGAAUGAGCGUGGACACAUGCUGAACACAGCUCCUCACCUUUGCAAAGUGCUGCCUAUCAUGAUCCCAGUGUACAACUACUGGCAAGUGCCUUACUUCUACGUGGGCUGCAAGAUGUACGACUUGUUUGCCGGCUCCCAGAACCUGAAAAGCUCCUACAUGAUGACCGCGAGACGAGCGUCUGAGGUCGCUCCUAUGCUGGACGCCUCAAUUUUGAAAGCGGGGCUGGUAUACCAUGAUGGCUCUUUUAACGACUCUAGGAUGAACGCGGCGCUGGCCGUGACGGCUAUCGAGCGCGGCGCUACAGUUUUGAACUACAUGGAAGUGACUCGCCUUCUCAAGAACGAGAAGACGGGUCGCGUGGAAGGUGCCAUGGCUCGCGAUCGGGAAACCGGUAAAGAAUUCCGCAUUAAUGCUAAGGUUGUGGUCAAUUCCACAGGCCCAUUCAGUGACCGUAUCUUGCAAAUGGACAACGCUAAGGACGGCCUACCCAGGAACGACCUUGUUCAAUUCGCGAACGAGGGCCACGAUUCGAUUGGCUCGCGCGUUGCUGUUUCUAACCCAAGGAUGGUCGUUCCAUCUGCAGGUGUUCACAUUGUUUUGCCAGCAUUCUACUGCCCUAAGCAGAUUGGGCUCCUCGACGCCAAGACCUCUGACGGAAGGGUGAUGUUUUUCCUUCCAUGGCAGGGGAAAGUCCUAGCAGGCACCACCGACAUUCCAAUGAAACAAGUUCCCGAGAAUCCUACCGCGACCGAGGCUGAUAUCCAGGACAUCUUAAAAGAAUUGCAGCACUACAUCAAGUUUCCAGUCAAGAGAGAAGAUGUGCUUAGUGCGUGGGCCGGUAUUAGGCCAUUAGUGAGAGAUCCUAGGACCUUAAAAGAAGGCGAUGAUGUUAGCUCAACUCAGGGACUUGUGAGAAAUCACUUUUUAUUCACGUCCGAUAAUGGCCUUGUCACCAUUGCUGGCGGCAAGUGGACCACGUACAGAGAAAUGGCUGAAGAAACUAUUGACGAGGUCGUGAAGCAAGGCCACUUCCAGGCCAAGCCUUGCAUUACAAAGAAAAUCAAGCUAGCCGGUGCUGAAGGAUGGGACCCUAACUUUGUUGCCAUGCUCGCUCAAGAGUAUCACUUGUCUUCAAAAAUGGCAGAGCACUUAGCUAACAACUAUGGUACUCGUUCGCCAAUUAUUUGUGAAAUGUUCAGGAGAGAUGAGAAAAAUCAAUUGCCAGUCACUUUCGGCGGAAGAGAAAACGUCACUGUUUAUAAGAACGUCAACUUCGAUUCCUUCCGUUACCCUUUUACAAUCGCCGAAUUGAAGUACAGUGUGAAGUACGAGUACACGAGAACUGCAUUGGACUUCCUGAUGAGAAGAACAAGAUUCGGAUUCUUGGAUGCCAAGCAAGCACUCGAGGCUGUCAAGGGCACAGUGAGCAUUAUGGGUGACGAGCUAGGAUGGGAUGAAAAUAAGAGGUUAUCGGAAAUUCAGCAAGCCUCCGACUUUAUUAAGACGUUUGGCGUGUGA